AUGAGUAUCGAGCGCGAGGAGUUUGAUCCUCAAGGGGACACAUUGAUUGUUAUUCCUGAGAAAUCAGUCACAGUUGGCCAACUUGGCUGGCUUCAAUCUGCUGCUGAGUCACAACCCGAGUAUCAUUUCUUGUGCUCCAAGAAGCAUCUUUCCACAGCUUCACGUCGUGCUCAUAAAGUGCUGUCUGGCGGGUUUAAAGAAUCAAUUCCAGACGAGAGCGAUGGCCUUCAUCAUUGGACUAUCCAGCCGAUUUUCGAUCCACAUGCUUGGAAGAUUGUGUUGAGGAUUAUCCAUGGGAGAAAUCGGGAUAUUCCUCGUACAGUCACGGUCGAGCAGUUAGCUGGAAUAGCUGCCAUUGUCGACGAUCUUGAGUGCCAUGAGGCUGUUUGGUUCUUUUCUCAAGGAUGGCUUCCUCAACCGCCAUACGCGUCUCAAAUCUUCACCACGCAAGACACUGCCAGACUAAUCUUGAUCGCAUUCGUCUUUGAGCAGCCUGAAAUGUUUCAGUAUGCAACCCAGCGAGCCGUUGUGGAAAGUUUGCCCCUUUCAUUUGGAGCUGGGGUCCCAAUACGUCCAAUCAUUCUUGAGCACAUCAAGGAGCAGAGAGAUGCAGUGGUCGAAAGCUUGUUGGAAGGCCUAAAACAGAUACAAACUCAACUACUUGAGAAGAAGUUGGGCUGUAACUUUGGUUGCAGAGCCAUGUUACUUGGGACACUGAUCCAGAAGAUGGACAUACGUCCGCUUAGGCUGUUCAGCGCAGCCCUGCCCCUGCCCCUUGAGUCGCAAAGUAUCGACACGAUCAUUCGUUCAUUGCGAGAAGAUCAGCCGACAAUUUACUACAGCCCUAGGGAACAAAGCAUCGAAGGCAAACGCUUAAAGGAAUGGUUCUCAUCUGACCGCUAUCAUACGGCUAAGAUUCCUCGAACGCUUGUUAGUCAUACUUGUGGGCUGGAAGAAUUCAUUGACCCUCUGCUUCAAACUGCUGAAAGGGAAGCAAAAGGCUUGCAGCUGGUCGACUACCAAGAGAGUGAACAUCGGACCUGA